CUACUACGACAACACCACGCUGCUCCCCGAGGGAUGGGCAGAGGUGGCCGUGGCAAACAGCAGUCAUGGACGUGGUCACAGCAGCGCCCCACAGGAAGAGGACGCACAGAUCAGGGAUCGCUACGACAAGAUCGACCUUGCGGAGGAGCAACGAGGAGGCGGACGCAAGGGACUUCAGAAAGGGGCUUCCGGAGAUGCUGGAGUACUACAAGAAGUUCAGAAAGCCCUUACACAGGCCAGGAGGGCGGAUGCACGGCUCCGCAAAAUCCAAGAGGAGAAGGCGCAGAGGGCGAAGCAAUGGACCAUCUACAAGCAGAACCUCAAGGAGAAGCUCUUCCGACAACAGGCGGCCUACGAGCAGGAUCUGGCCAGGCUGGAAGAGGAGACGAUCACGGUGACGCAGACCGGUCAGGAGGCAGCUGCAAGGGUGAGAGACGUCAUUGUUCGCGGCAUCGAGGGAGCGCCCAGACCAGAGCCAGCACAGGACGUCGAAGAGGCGUGGAAUGCCUUCAUGGACGAGGACGACGAGGUGCCCGAGCAGCAUGGUUUCCUUGCAGAAGCACUCCAGUUUGCCAGAGGCAGGGACAUCCGUUUCGAGAGGGAAGUGGUGGCCCCGGAGCCUGCCCCCGCGGCUGGCAAAGGAGACCGGGACCCUCUGAGUGGGCUGUCCGGGAUCUUCCCUGGUGUGAAGCCUGGUGGCAGCUUGGGGAGGCCUCCCACUACGUCGACCGAAGAGAAAAUCGGGGACAAGCCUCCCUCUCUGGAAACGGCAACCUGCUCGGCAUCCGAUGCGACUGGUGGGUACGCAAUCCCCACUCUCAGCAAAGGGCCCUAUGUGCCCUCGCCCAAUUCGAGAGGACACCUCUCGUCUCCGAGUCUGGGCAGGCGCCUGCCGGUCAAAGCUCGCACCAAGCCGGAAAUGGGUGCGCCCUCUGGCCCUACGCUGCAGGCGAAACUGGACAUGAAACGUGGCCAGGCGAUGCAGCCGUUCAGAGUGGACCCGAUCGCGGGCAGGGACAACCCCGUUCACAGCACAGGCGAAGACACCUCCAGACCAGAGCUCUCGGUCGACGUCGACGCAGAGAUGCCGCCGGACACAG